AUGGCGUCAGCCAAGAAACGUGUCGAGUUAGCCAAGCAGAAGAUCAGUGGAGUCCAGAUCAACACCUCCGUCGACGACCCCCAAAAGUCCAUCGACGAGCUGAUCAGUGCAGGCGUCCGCGACCAUCAGAAUCGGAACAAGCACUUCGAACGCAAGACCAAAGGCUACCCCAUGUCCUACUUCAACUACCCCAAGAACUCGUGCAAGUCGCGUGGUUCCUCGGUUGGCCAUAGUCGCGAGGGCUCGUCCGAUGAUGGAUUCGGCUCUUCUGGCCGUCAAACCCUUUCGCCCAGCUCCAUCUCAUCGUCGAACAUCGGAGCGCAGAACUACUCGCACUACUCGCAGCCGAUGAACGUCGUACAUCAACGUCAGGCAUCGGCCCCCGAGUUGAUUAACUACGGGAUCGAGCAAGGUCACAGUCAUCUGUCGCAUCCCUCCUCUCAUCCCGCGCACCAUCCUCAUCAUCUACCGACACACCACAAGUGAGUCUGUUUACAAUUUUACACAAAACUUGUUCUCUGCGCCGAGUUUGUUUAAGGCUUGUCGCCGGGGGAUGAAAACAAUAAUUACAUGGUAAAAAAGUGAUAAGUGAUAACAAAGGUUUUCGGCUUUAAAACAUCUAAUUUUUAAAACAUUAGCUCAAAAACUCUUAUCGUAGCAAGGUUUAUGAUAACAUAACUACCUAUAUUAACAUAAAACCAUCAAAAUUUUCAGUAGAUUCGAAUCGGCCCGCGCUCACAUCGGUUCGGCCGGCUUGCCUCCUGUAGCCCACUCCUACUCUUCCAAAUCCCUCUCCACCGCCGCCCUCCACACCCAACCUAGUCACACCCAGUUCCAAACCAACCCCACCGAUGGAGUACUACCUCAACCAGCCUACCAUCACCAGAGAUCGGCCAAAUCCUGCGACUUUGACGCCGUUUCCAACAUGAACCAGAUCAAACAGGAACAACCCAGUCCGGCCGGCUACGAAGAACCAGCCCAUCUAGGUAGAAGUAUGCAUCAGGUCAAUACUUUUGCCAACUCUCAACAGCCCAGCUCCUCGUACUGGACUGAUCCAAGAGCAAAGAGUCAGUCUUUGGACCCGCUGGCUAUCAGUAUGGCUCCACAGAGCAGUAUGAACAAUACUCAGAGUCAAAGUCAGAACGCGAACCAUCAGCAGACUCAUUCAUUGAGUGCCAUUUCAACACACUCCGACUCAUGUUUAGACGAUGGUAUGGGUCCAUUGCCUAACGGAUGGGUCAAAGCUUAUACCGAGGCUGGAGUACCGUACUUUAUCGACCAUAAUAACAAAACCACCACGUGGUUUGACCCCAGAACUUGUGAGUUUAUCUAUGAGACGACAAAACCUAAAAUAAUAGUAAAAAAAUUAAUUUAAAUAUAAAAUAUCAUCUCGAUAGCCUUCUCUAGAUCUUAAAUAAGCUGUGCCAUAUCAUAAUAAUACAUUUCAGGCCAAAACGAUAAUCCCUCAAACCGAGCCCGAAACUCUUUCAAAAAAGCAAGCAGCGGAGAAGCUUUACAUUAUAGUAAUCCCUAUGAUCAACAACCCAUGUCUGUACAGAUGACUCCACAAUACAGCGUAGGUCGAGUUUGGCCUAUAACAAUAUAAGGCAAUAAAAGCCAAACAUAGUAUAAUCAUAGUUUGUCUGAACAGAAAAAACUCAAAAAAUUAAAAAAGCCGUCCAAUAAUAUGAUAUAGAACAACCUUUUCAGUACCAAGCCCAACGUGGAGUUGACCGUGUUCAACAAUUGAAAAUGGAACGAAAUUACAUGCAGGAGCGACAACAACAACUCCAGCAACAAGUAAGUGUUCCUAAAUGAUCCUUUUUCACUUUUAGACCUCAUACCUAGCCUUGUAUAAUAUCAAAUGUUACCUAAAAUCUAACUUUGCAUAACAUGAACUGUUAAAAUCUUUUUACAAUAAAAGUUAUUAAUGACUAUCAAAAAAAGCUAAAAACAAAAAAUUCCGUAUUUUAGGGCUUACUAGACCAAAAACAACAAAGUCCCCACCAAAGCCAAACGUUCGGAUCUCCACCGUGCCAGACCUCUGACUCGCCGUUCAAUCGUUCUUCCCAAAUGUAUAACCCGAUGUCAGAAGCCAUGACCAUGGAGAACUACGAUACUGGAUACAAUAACAACGUAUGUUUCAUAUGAAUAUACUUUUUCUUACUUUCUUGCCUUUUAAAACACGUAUACCCUUGCUUAACUUCUAAUACACACAUCCUAUACCUAUUAUAUUCCUGAUAAUUUACUUUAUCAUGUCUAAACUCUGUAAACUAAAAAAAACUCUUUCAGAGAACACCAUCAAACGAUUCUACAUUAGACAAUCAGAUGGAAGUUGAUUACCAACACAACGAACAGUUGAAUCAGAUUGAUCCAGCUUUGGUGCAGGUAAGAUAAUAUAAUUGACCUAAAACAUAUCAAACUAUGAAAAAAACUUACAUUACGUUUUGAUAUUAUCAAAAAGCAAGUUUUUAUCCACAAUAUCCAACAUAAAAACCUCUGGAAAAGCCGGACUGCUUAACAAAAUCCCAAUUUUAUCUCAGAUAACACAAAGCCAAUGCUUGUUUUCGUUGCAGGACCUGAACCCGGCUGAUCUAAAUCCGCACGAGUUUGAUCGCUACCUCCAGAUCAACGACCAUCGCCAUUCGAUAGCCAAGUACAACACCUAA